AUGGAAGUAGGAAUUGAUUUUCUCGAUAUAAGAGAACCUAAUGAUGUAGCGACAAUUUCUUGUAGAAUAGGCGACUUAAUAAUACCUCACGCAAUUCUAGAUACCGGUGCAGAUGAUUCAUUAUUUACUGAUAACAUUCCGAGGUAUUUAGGAGAAAAAAUAGAUCAGAAAAAUGUUCAUAAACUUACUGGUGCAGUUGGAGAUUCCCAGUCUAUCGGUACGUCAUAUAAUAUUCCUAUAACUAUAGGUACUGAGGAAGAUUCUAUAACAGUUUCUGAAAAAGAAAUAUCCGUAAUCCCUACUAAAAAAGAUCGAGAUGGAAAUGAUAUAUCUAUAAUGAUACUUGGUACUAAAUGGCAACAUCGUGUCGGAUGGGAACCUAUAGUAAAAGGAGAAUUUAUAGCUACACACAAUGGGAAGACUAUUAAAAUUCCUCUUUACACUCGAAAAGAAAAGUAUAGUCACAAUGUAUCUGUAUCUGAAAAUAUUUUCAAGAAGCGAAGCUUCGAGUCUCCGACUCAUACAGAACAAUGGAAUGCUCCAAAAGACUUCAAACUUCCCGAUUCAUUCGAUACUACAAUAGCUGAGCAAAUACCAGAAGAGCAAAAAAAAAAUUAG